AUGGAUGAGUCACGUAGCUUUUCCAUGGGCCUAAGGUAUCUUAAGUCGCGGCUUUCAAAUAGAGACAACAAGCAAGAAGAGAAUAUGAAAACAGCAUGCGUAUCUAGAGAAUCCUCAUUCAUGACCAGUAUGAAAGAAAAUGAUUCUCUGAGUUUGAGAAGAAAGCCAUUGGACUCGGAAGAAAAAAGGCGCCAUAGCUUAUUUAAUCUCAAAUUGUACAAGGAAAGGACAAAUUCUAGUGUCAAACUUCCAACCGACGAAAACCAACCUGGGCCAGAGAGUGCUCCUCGCAUCAACUGCGUCAAUACAGAUUCAGAUUUUCUGGACUAUGGGGUGGAACAAAUUGACAAGAUUAGCAUGACUGAAGAUGACGUCAUGACCCCCACAAAAUCUAACAUAUUCACAGGCCACAAACUCGAGAUCCAAACUGCGACCACAAAGAUCGAGGAGGAAAAACUACGGGAAACAGAGAUAGCUACCAAAUCAGAAACAUGCGUAGAGGUCAAAGAGACACAUCCACGCGAUUUCAAGAAAGAAUCAGUAGAAUCUGAUUCCAGUGCCGAAAUUGUCACUUUGCCCAAAAACUCAACAGAGGACAACUCUUGGGUACUGCCUAAUCUCACCCCUUCCAGCCUUCUUAGCCCACCAAAACAGGUCACCUCACUUUUUGUUGGUGACUUGGAUAAAUCUUUGAGUGAGCUUGACCUGAAAAAUGUUUUCAAUAAAUAUCCUGGUCUUCUUUCGGUCAAGAUACCUGCGGACUGUCAAACCGGCAACUCGUUAGGUUAUGGAUACGUCAACUACUCCAAUGAGGAUCAGGCAAAUUUCGCCAUGGAAUCUCUCAAUUAUACCACGAUCGGUUCCUCAGAAAUCAGAAUCAUGCCAUCCUUAAGAGAUAAAAGUCAGAGAGAACGCAUAGGCGCCAAUGUUUUUCUUUCCAAUCUCUCAUCACAUCUCACUACCCGACAACUUUACGAUAGGUUCAGAAAGCAUGGAAACGUUUUGUCGUGUAAGUACGAUUCAUCCAAACAGCAAGCAUUCAUACACUUCGAAUCUAAGGAGGUGGCAUAUGAAGUCGUCAAAACUUAUAAUCAUACUACCUUAGAUGGUCGACUCGUCUAUGUGGGUCUACAUAUUCUCAAGAAAGACAGAGAACUAUUUGGAGCAACUGCGAGCGCAAGCAGCAAGCUGACAGAAAAAAGGGAUAUCUCACAGAUCCCUACUUUUUCGCCCACAUUUCAGAACACAAAGCACAAGAACGACAUAAGCACACACUAUUCCAUUUUUGUGAGAAAUUUGCCCUUGAAUAUUGAGGAACAUGUUAUCAAGAGUUUGGUUGAACCGUAUGGACCUGUUUUAUCUGUCUUAGCAAGGAAGGUCCCAAAAAAAAAUGGGUGCUGGGCUCUGGUGACUCUAAGUAACCAGGAAUCCGUGGAUAAAGCGGUCUCGCAUCUAAACAUGGUUGAAAUCAAUAAGCAGCAGCUAUUUGUUACUCGCGCAAUUCCAAAGGAAGAGAAAAGUUACAGUCGAAAGCAAGAAGUUCAACCAAAAUACAAGCUCAAAAUAUUGAUCACGGGGUUGAAUGUCAACACGCAUAAAGACAAGUUCCAAAAUUGGUGCUUAACCUUUGGAUCAAUAAAGUCUGUGGAACUUUAUGGAACAUACCCCCAAGAAAACAAGAAGGGCUACACCGCUUAUGGAUAUGUGGAAAUGGUAAAUGAAGCCGAUGCUGACGUUCUGAUUGAUAACCUUAAGCUACUGGGUGUUCGCUGUUUCAAGGUCAAAGUGGAGAUCCAAGAUAAGGAGACAGUUAUUACCGAUAUGCGUCGCUACCAUUGUGGCCCACUACCCGAACAAUCCAGCACUACUGGGAUGAGGUCAUAUGUAGAUCCCUCGAAAUUAUUUCAGCUAGCAGCUUUUGCAAAAUCUGUCGAGCAGGACAAAUUGGCUGAAACGGUUCAAACCAAGGAAAAGAGCGAUGGAGAGCGAUUGAGCGUGGAUCUUCGCAGCAAGAUUGAACAAAUCAUAGGCAUUUGUGCUGUUGAUAUUUUAGGCGAAGAUACACUGAUCUCCAACAACACCGGAUGCAUUUAUCUACACAAAGUGCAUUCAUUGUCUGAGCACAUCAUCAAGUUCUUUUGGUCUAAUAGGGUUGAUUCAUUCUCUAAAUUUUUGGAAUCCAACUACAAGAAAGACCAACCUUUGCACCCCCUGCUUAAAACUCAAAUUGUGCAGAGUGCGAUGUACUUGGGUAUUGUGCCCAAAUGCUAG